GGACCAUUCCGCAAACAAUUUUCACCACCGAGGAAUUUCUUGAACACCCGUUUCUUGUUUGUCCUCGGUGGCCAGCUAUAAGUAGGUCCUGGCCAGCUAACAUCCAUCUAUCGCAUUUCUGAACACUAGUCUUCAGGUUCAGCCUAGCUUGCGUUGUCGCCUUCACUGCGGCUGGAUUCGUCGCUUCAUUCUUAGCUAUGGCUGCCACCUGCAUGGCUACCCUCGCCCAUCCUGCAGCUUCUCUUGUGAAGUCUUCAGCAAAUGUCCAGGUGAGGCCACUUCCUGCGUGUGCUGGAUUGGGACCUCUCCGGAUAGUCUCGAGGAAGACUCGGAUGGCGUCUUUCGUGAAGGCGACCAAAGGCGCUCGGUCAAAGUCUCGCGUGGUGUGUGCUGUUGGUGACGUAUCAGGAGAUGCUACUACUUACCUGAUUGCUGGAGCUGUGGCCAUCACGCUUAUCGGCACCGCCUUCCCAAUCCUCUUCUCACGAAAGGAUCUAUGUCCAGAGUGCGAUGGAGCUGGUUUCAUCCGGAACUCACGGGUGUUGAAUGCGAACGCUGCCCGGAAGGACGACAACAGAAUUGUGUGCCCGCGAUGCAAGGGCUUGGGAAAGCUGAACCAAGUGGACAAGUAAGGUGUCUUUCAUAAACGACGACUGGACGUGUAACGGCUUGCAAAAACUCUCUCAGACCGGCAACACGCGACAUCAGGCUAGCUUUAUUUAUCCCUGCUGCUUUUGCUUGUUCAAGUCGAUUGGUUGCAUUUGAAUUAGAGAGAGACUCCCUGUGAAUACCUUGUAUGUGGACGUGAAUGGUUGUCCAAUUCUCAUACUCUUGACCUUUCGCACUAAAACACCCUAUAACAC